CCAACUUCCCUGAACUCUAGAGUUUGAGAGUUAGAGCUUCCCUGAUGGCUUUAUCCAGCUCCAACCUGACACAAAUUAACUCUAGCAUAUUUUCUUGCAGCUUGGUGGCAAUCAUGGAGGAGCUGACAGGACUGCAUGGGCUUGGCCAGGUCCCUCCAGAGGAUGAGGAGCAGCUGGCAGCCACGCUGGCCCUGUAUGCCCAGCAAGAAGACAGUGAGGAGUGGACACAGCCCUCUGAGGACCCCUACUCCGAGGCCUCUCUCUCCUCGGGGGUGCAGCCAGCCCUGCCCGAGGAGCAGAGGGGCACCAGGAGGUUGGUGAUGAAGAGGAAGGUGCUGAGGCACAGACCUGAUGGAAGAGUGGAGGUUUCUGAUGAGUCUGAGUACGACCCCAAGGUGUGGAGACUGAGGGAGGAAACGCUUCAGCCCGGGGCUGAAGACAGCAUCUCUGAGGGGCAGACAGUGCCUCUGAGCCCAGACAGCAUCUCUGAGGGGCAGAUGGGGACCAGCAGCUCCAGCUUCCCCCACGAGUCCCCCGGGGACAGUCCCCUCUUCAUCCUCAGGGACUUGCCGAGCCGCAGCUCUCGCACUUCGCAGUGCAGCACAGUGCCCAAAUCCUUCAUGCCCCCUCGGCUGGAGCCGCUGGGACCGCCCCGAGUCAAGACCGACUGCGUGGCCAAGUACAGGGAGUACAAACGGGAGUGGGAGAGGUUCGGGAUCCCGGGGGAGGCCCCGCGGGAGGAGCUGCGCAGGGCCAUCCGGGAGCAGAUGCGCUGCCCGCCCGAGCUGCCCGCCAAGCCGCAGCGCCCCUUCGUGCCCAACACCUACGUGGUGCCCAGCGAGAAGCCGCGGGCGGCGCUGCGCUGGGAGGUGCGCUGGCACCUGGCCAACGGCCUGAUGCCCUGCAGAGCCGCUCGCCGCCUCCCCACAGCCCACAGCUUUUAA